GUCCGCCGGCCCCGCCUCCGCGGCGCCCACGUGCAGCGGCAGAGCCCGGGGCCUCGGGUGGACCACCCGCCCCCAGAGCACCAUUCAGCGUGCGGGCUUUUGGUCACCAGUACUGGGUUGGAGACUGAGGCCCAGAAACACCAAAUGAUCGGCGCGGGGUCGCUGAGCGAAGCGGCAAGACGCGGCACCCCAACUCCAGCCCGGGCGUUCGCCCGAGGGCCGGGCCUGAAGCCGGCGUUGGUGGAAGCCCUACCGGAGUCCUAGGGGCCGGGCAGGCCCGCCCGCCUCCGGCUGUCGCCGACAUGGAAUCGGUGGCCAGCAACAUCCAAGUCUUGCUGCAGGCGGCGGAGUUCCUGGAGCGCCGCGAGAGAGAGGCCGAGCAUGGCUAUGCGUCCCUGUGCCCUCACCGGAGUCCAGGUCCAGUCCACAGGAGGAGGAAGCGGUCUCCCCAAGCUCCUGGCGCGCUGGACAGUGGGCGGUCUGUGCACAACGAGCUGGAGAAGCGCAGGAGGGCCCAGCUGAAGCGGUGCCUGGAGCAGCUGAAGCAGCAGAUGCCCCUGGGGGCUGACUGUGUCCGAUACACCACACUGAGCCUUCUGCGCAGGGCCAGAAUGCACAUCCAGAAGCUGGAGGAGCAGGAGCAGCGGGCCCGGCAGCUCAAGGAGAAGCUGCGCAGCAAGCAGCAGAGCCUGCGGCGGCAGCUGGAGCAACUCCGGGGGCUGGGCACGGUGGGCGAGCGGGAGCGCCUGCGGGCGGACAGCCUGGACUCCUCGGGCCUCUCCUCCGAGCGCUCUGACUCAGACCAAGAGGAGCUGGAGGUGGACGUGGAGAGCCUGGUGUUCGGAGGUGAGGCUGAGCUGCUGCGGGGCUUCAGCGCAGGCCAGGAGCACAGCUACUCACACAGUGGCAGUGCCUGGUUAUGACCCUCACCGCCCAGAGCGGCCUCUGCCCUCAGCCCACUCUUUGCACCGUCAGGCCAGAGCCCUCACAGAGCCUCCAGGGCUGCUUGGAGUCACUGUUGGAAUGGACUCAAAGGACCCUGUGUGGGAACAGGUGCUCCUCGUACCCUGCUGCUGGCGGCUGGCAGUCCCACCUGGGAGAGGGGUGUUGGGCCCCCUGAGCCCUGCAGGGCAGGCAGCUUGGGCCCAGGCCACCCUCCCAGGCAUGUUGAUAGCACUUGGCCCAGCUGCCCAUGGCAGCAGGAAGCCUCUUGGGCCCUCAUGUUCCUUCCUAAACAAGGGCCCCUGGCCUUUGCCCCACACAUACUGUAUUUUCAUUAAAAGCCUCUUUCUUAA